AUGAAAGGAAGAUGCUGUAAACUGAAGAAGACGAAGAUCUGUGUCUGUAAUCAAUCAAUGAAAGGAAGAUGUCUGAUUCGGAGAUGUUGUAAACUGAAGAGGACGAAGACGAAGACACGUGUGAUUCGUGGAUGCUCUGAAUUGAAGAAGACCAAGGAGGAGGAGGAUAUUCAAAGACACUCAACGUCUCCGUCUCCUUGUGGCUCAGGUAUCGCGAUUUGA